AUUUCGUAUUAUUGAUUUAAAAUAGGAAAGAUAUGUGUAUAAUGUUUUUGAUUUCAUUACUCUUUUGAUGUUAACUUCGAAUUGGAGUGAGAUACUAUUGAUAAGAAUAUAAUUUGAUGUUCUUUGUGUAUCCUCUUGCAGUGACAGUGCUAACACCUAGUUUGAUCUGGUUCUAGUUUUUCUUUUCUUCUUUGAUAUUUUUCUAAUUAGCUGUUUAAUUAUGAUGUCAUGCUUGAUUUACCUUUUUAUGGAUCCUGAGGGUCUAUUCCCGUGCAUUCUUGGACAUGAAGCUGCUGGAAUUGUAGAAAGUGUUGGUGAAGGUGUAACUGAAGUUCAACCAGGUGACCAUGUCAUCCCUUGUUACCAGGCAGAGUGCAGAGAAUGCAAGUUCUGCAAAUCAGGUAAGACUAACCUAUACGGCAAAGUUAGGACAGCCACUGGAGCUGGAGUCAUGAUGAAUGAUCGUAAGAGCCGCUUCUCAAUUAAUGGGAAACCUAUCUACCACUUCAUGGGCACCUCAACAUUUAGCCAGUACACGGUUGUACAUGAUGUUAGUGUUGCAAAGAUUGAUCCACAGACUCCUUUAGACAAAGUAUGCCUUAUUGGUUAUGGUGUUCCAACUGGACUUGGAGCAGUUUGGAACACAGCCAAAGUUGAACCAGGGGCCAUUGUUGCUAUUUUUGGCCUUGGGACUAUUGGUCUUGCUGUAAGUGUCAAAUAUGCAUCUUGCGUAGAAAUUUGUUUAUACUGUUUAUUAUGA